ACUUCCGGUCCCAUGACAGAUCAUGUAAACAAGGAAGAGGACUGAGGAGAACGGAGGCGGCUGUGAGCGGAGAUCCCGGUGAGGGAAGAUCCGGUCAUGGCUCAGCAACGAGGAGUGAACGGGCUCCGCUUCAACCAGGACCAGAGUUGCUUCUGCUGUGCGAUGGAAACCGGAGUGAGAAUCUUCAACAUCGAGCCUCUGAUGGAGAAAGGACACCUUGACCAGGAGCAGGUGGGAAGUGUCGGCCAGGUGGAGAUGUUACACAGAUGUAACCUGCUGGCUCUGGUGGGUGGCGGCAGCAAUCCCAAAUUCUCCGACAUUUCCGUGCUGAUCUGGGACGACUCGCGGGAUGGAAAAGACAAGCUGGUCCUGGAAUUCACCUUCACCAAACCGGUGCUGAGCGUCCGCCUGAGAGCCGACAAGAUUGUGAUCGUAGUGAAGAAUCGGAUUUACGUCUAUUCCUUCCCAGACAAUCCCACUAAACUCUUUGAGUUCGAUACAAGAGACAACCCUAAAGGUCUGUGUGAUCUCUGCCCCAGCAUGGAGAAGCAGCUACUGAUCUUUCCGGGUCACAAGUGCGGCAGCGUGCAGCUGGUGGAUCUGUGCAACGCCAAGCCCAGCAGUUCAUCGGCGCCGUUCACCAUAAACGCCCAUCAGAGCGAACUGGGCUGCCUGGCGGUCAACCAGCAGGGCACGCUCGUGGCCUCCGCCUCCCGGAAAGGCACUUUAAUCCGACUGUUUGACACCCAGACGCGGGAUCAGCUGGUGGAAUUAAGACGCGGCACAGACCCGGCCACCUUAUACUGUCUCAAUUUCAGCCAUGACAGCUCCUUCCUGUGCAGUUCCAGUGAUAAAGGAACAGUUCAUAUCUUCGCUCUGAAGGACACCAAGCUCAACCGCCGAUCUGCCUUGGCACGUGUGGGGAAGGUAGGUCCUAUGAUCGGGCAGUAUGUGGACUCGCAGUGGAGCUUGGCCAGUUUCACCGUACCGGCGGAGUCCGCCUGCAUCUGCGCCUUCGGGAAGAACACCUCCAAAAACGUCAACUCUGUGAUUGCGGUCUGUGUGGACGGGACGUUCCACAAGUACGUCUUCACCCCGGAGGGGAACUGUAACCGCGAGGCCUUUGACGUGUAUUUGGACAUCUGCGACGAUGACGUUUUUUAAUCGGCAGUGACAACGGUAGACGGAGGGGACACAGCGGCCACGGAGGGGACACAGCGGCCACGGAGGGGACACAGCGGCCCUGAAGGGGACCCCACAGGGACAUCGGAACACGAAUGCUGUCUUUAUCGCGGUAUUAUUAUUGUAUAGAGACUGGAUGGGACGGUGUGAAUAUUUAUAAAUCUCAUAGUGAUGAUUGCAAUUAGGAAGAAGCGACGAUGGACAGAAUAUUAUACUAGAAUACAUCAUAUUUAAAAAUAAAAUAAAAAAAUAUAUAAAUUCA